GGCAGUGUUUAGCUCAACAUCAACAUUAGAGUUUAGGAGCUUCGGUGCGAUGGAGCUCAAGUGUGCCGUGGUGUUUACACUUGUAAGCUUGCUGUUAGUGACCGCCAACCCACAUGGUUAUGACGUGAAAGGAGGUGCUGCGGCUAGGGCGGAAGCCAGCGCUGCUGCAGGGGCGUUUGGCGUUGCUGGAUUGCCUCUAAGUAUACAAACGGGGCCUGGGUUUUCUGGCAGCUUCUCAAAGUCGUCUUCGUCCAGCUUCGCAUCAUCAAGUGCAAGCUCAAGUUCCAGCUCAUUUAGCUUCAGUGGUUCAGGGGCUGGUGGAGUUGGAUUAAAUAGUCUUGGCAAUACUGGAUCUGGGGUCUGCUCAGGUGGAUGUCAAAGUGACUCUAAAGGAAUAAACGAUUCUAAUGGAAUAGGGUCACCUGAUUUACAAACUAUAACUGGAGUGAAAUCUAAUGCUGCGGCAGGAGCAUCUGCCGGAUCGUAUAUUAAUUCCAAAGAUGGUGAUCAUAGGCCUUGUUCUAGCGGUAAUUGUCCCGUACAAUGUGCAGGACCCAACUGUAAAGAUGCUAGUGAAUCUGAAGCAACAAUACCUGAAAGCGCUCACAAAGAAUGUGCUUCUGGUCAGUGCAAUAAUGACAAUUCUAAAAAUCAGACUAAUUGUGAAAAUGGCAAUUGUAGUGGAAACAACAACAAACCAGCCAGUUCAUAUGAUGCUAAUAACUGCGCAUCAGGUAAAUGUGGACCACCACAAACGACAGGUGAUUUUGGAACAAAUGGGAAAUGUACAUCUGGAAAAUGUUUGAGUGGACCAUCAACAAAACUGGAAAGAGAUGACGGGUCUACUGAUAUUUCUGUCGAUAUUACAAGUUCGACCACAUCACUUGACAGUUCUAGUCAAUCUGAUACAGCCACGACAAGUACUAUCUCUUCGCAAGCCUCUGGAGUUGACUGUAAAAAUGGAAAUUGCGAUUCAUUAACGCCGAGCACAAAACCAGGGUAUUCCAGUUCAAUUUCCUACAAUGAAAAUCAACCACUAACUACAGUACCCGCUAAUAAACCCGCAACAGAUUUAAUUCCACCUAAAGAAGAAGAACCAUGUACACAUCCAAAUUGUAAAACUCCACAACUGGAAGGGCCAAAAUCAAUAUCUUCGAAUGUGUCUCCAGGGAAAAACAAUUGUGCAGGAGGCUAUUGCGACAACGGACAAUCACAUAAUUAUCCUAGACCUAUAUCAAUCAACGAGUACUCGAGCAAAGGCGAACCAAAAAUACCCAGUUACGUCCAAGUCCCAACUGACCAAAAAAGCAACAAUAUUUAUCCCUCGACAAAUUGCGUUUCAGGUAAUUGUGUUAAUCCUUCCAAUUCAAUUCCCUUGCUUCCCAAACUACCUGAUAAUUCUCAAACUCAUUCACCUGCAGUACCACAUAACUGCGUGAUAGGAAAUUGUGGCAGCAGUUCGUCAUAUCAGACUAGUCCUAAUAAUCAGGUUUAUCAGGCUCCAACUCCAACUCAAUCGCAAGAGUUGGAUUUUACACCUAAUUGUUAUUCAGGAAAUUGUAAUAGCUCUCCUAAACAACCUAUAGGUAUACCUUAUGGACAACCUACCAUUUCAAAUUAUCCGAAGCCAACGCCGAAUGUAAACUGCCCUUCAGGGAAUUGUGGUAAUCCUUUCAACGCUUCUCCUUCUCAAUCUAAAAUACCCAAUUUCCCACAGGGACAAUUGCCAACUAAUGAUUGUGCUUCAGGAAAUUGUGGCACUUACCCAUCCUAUCAAAAUAAUAUUGAUAUUAAUGUUUCUAAGAUUCCAAUACAGUCACAUGUCACAGAAUUUUCCAAACCUUCUUACCCCGUUAGUAGUGGUACCACAGGACCUAUUCCUUCUCUACAAUCUUCUACUAAUUUAUCAAACUGCGCUAAUGGAAAUUGUCAUUCAUCUGAUUUUGUAAAUUCUAAGCCCACAGUUCCCGGCUAUUCUCAAGGACCUUUUCCUAUUGGACCGAGCCAUUGUCAAUCAGGAACUUGCAACAGUUAUCCUUCUACUUACAAUGUAGAUUCAUCGUUUCCUAGACUCCCUAGUUAUCCACAGAAUAUAUUACCAAGAAAACCACUUAAUUGUGUUUCUGGGAACUGUGCUAACUACCCGUCUAUAGAAACAAAACCUAGCAUUAGUUCUAGCGGUUCUAAAUUACCGCAUCCUUUUGACCAACCUUCUGGGAGUGCAUCACCAACAUGUGUGUCAGGUAAUUGUGGAAAUAAUCCUCAACAAGGCAGUUUUGGUUCUUCUGGUUAUAAAAACCUAUCUUAUUCCGGUGCUAUACCUUCCCCAAGCUGUGCGUCAGGUAACUGCGCUAUUAAUCCAUCUACGUCUGUUACACCUGGCCCUCAAAUACCACUUCAAGGUAUUGGAAGCACUGGAUACACUAGUUCGACGGGACUAUUUUCUUCUGGGGCAUCAUUAACCACGGGAUCUGUUAGCAGUUCCGGCAACUGUGACUCGGGUAAAUGUCCAAAUUAUCCUAGCACGCAGCCAAUAUCCUAUCAACCACAACCUGCAUCUUCGAACUCUCCUGUUAAUAUACCACAUAUUGUUGCAUUAGGAAGUGCAGGAGGUGUUUUAAAUACUGGCUCAUUCGUGCCUCCAUCUUUAUCACCAAGUAAACCUAGCAUUAGUGCUAGUCAUACCACUGCAAACUCUGGUGUUGCAGCUGGAAGCCAAUCUCAGUCUUCUGUGCUUUCUAAUGUUAAUAACAAAGAGGAAGUAUACACUGGUGGGUUUGGGGGACCUCCAGGAAUUCUUAAACCACACGAAUUUACUGCUCCUUCUCCUCAACUUCCAUCUGGUAACAACAACGACCAAGGGCAUCGUCAAUGUUCAACCGGAAAAUGUGAUACACAUUCAGAAGAAGACGGUUCCAAUCCUUCCGGUACAAGACCGUGUACAUCAGGAAAGUGUGGGACCCAAAAUGGCAAACCUCAUUAUGGACAAAAUACCGCUAGUGGAGCUUUUGCUGUUGCUGCGGCCGGAAGCGAAGGAGUACUUUAUACUGAAGGUUUUGGUGGCCCGCCAGGUAUAUUAAAGCCAUUUGAUGGCGGAAAAAUUGGAAAUAUUGCUGCAAUUAAACAUCAAAUAGGAGCCUCAUUAGGCAGUAAUAAUGAUGCUGUCAGUGGCAAUAAAUUAAAUGGUGGUUAUGGAGUAUUUUCCGGGGCAGCUGCGUCGGCGAAUGCUGGUAUAUUUGGUAGUGGGAGUUACGGGGAUCACAAUAAAGCUGGUGGUUGCAAUUCUGGCUGUGGAACUUCAGGGCACGAUUCUUACGGCGGAAACUUCGGUGUGGCUGGGGGUUUAUCAAAGAGUGGCCUGUUGGAAAAACUACACAAUGGACUGAAUGGUUUGGGUGCUCUGGCUCAAAGCGCAGCAGGCGCUGUCGGCGGGGCCGGUGCCAGCUCCUACGCUGUCGGAGGAAGCUUCGCAGGCAGUUCAGCUUCAGCUCACUCCGUUGCCGGAUCUGCAACAAAAGGAGGUUACGGCAGAUAAAUUUGAAGUGCAAUGAAUCUUAUGUUCCAACGAAAAGACUUGAAAAUUAAUAUUAAGUAGAAGAAAUAAUUAUAUUGUGAUGUGAUAAUCAUUAGCUUAAUUGAUGUUUGAAUAAAUAUACUAUUUUCAUAUAAA